AUGUCUUGUGGCAUGCACAACGAACACGCCAAGCGUCGAGCCAGAAUUCGAACGGCCAUGCGAGGCUCUCAAUUGCGUAAGGGUAAACCUUUGAAGGUGCACAACACCAUUGACAAAGCAAAGCCUCUUAGAUUGCUUGCACAUGUAAUCACGUACAUUGCAUGUGAAGAGCCGCAGGAAGAUAACACUUUUGUUCUCCCAUUCUCUCUGCAUCUUUUCUUUCACAACAUAACCAUGGAAGAUCCCUUGGGUUCCAUACUCAAUUUUCACCAGAGUUGUGAUGAGUUGAAGCAAAAUCUCUUGGCCACCACCCUGGAGCUGGAGACCAUGAAGAACGUGAACAAGGAACUGAUAAAUCAAUUGAAGAUGGCUUACAAAGAGAGGGACGAAGCAAGAGAAGAACUUCAGAAACUGGUGAAAAAACUAACAUCCCCCACUCUGGUUGAAAAGAUGAUUCCAACACCAACCAAAUCGAGCAUCACAGAAUCCAACAGCCCAUCGCACGUUUCCUCCCCCGUAGAUUCCCUUCUCGACGCUGUUUCUCCUCGGGAGUUCUCCAACUUGAACAUCAUUGUGGACUCACACAACAACAUGGCUUAUCAUCUCAAACAACCUUUGGUUCAAAACACGAGGGUCUCUCAGAGGCGCACGUGCGAUGUUGGGGACGAAGUGAUCGAACACCUUGCCAAGAGAAGAACUUUGCCCCAAAAGGGUAUGCUCCUAAAGGCUGUGGUGGAUGCGGGUCCCUUGCUUAAGACUCUCCUUGUUGCGGGCCCACUUCCCACGUGGCGAAACCCCCCUUCAUCGCAGACCAUAGAGACUCCAUGCCUCAAUGUUCAAGACAUUGGUUCCAAUAAUGUUAAUACGUUCAAUUCACUUCAGAAACCAACGCUUGCAUUUGCAUCUUCUCGUUCUUUGCAGCCAUCUGUACUCAAUGUUUCUGUUUCGAACAACAAUGCAUUGCAGAUGGGUUCAAAUGCUACUUGCAAGAACCUUGCCCCAUCAAGGAUUCCACAGGGCCAUCAGUAUCUUCUAUGA